AUGGCUUGCUUGGAUACAGCCCCAACCUGGAACGGCGUUCCCGAGGUGAUCGCCAGCGGCUCGCCAUGGGAAAUCGGUUUCGCUCAUGGGAGCCAAAUCCCAAAUAGAAUCGCCGUGUGCAUUGCAAACUAUGCGAGAUUGUUUGUCGAGACUGCAGAGGCAGAUUGGGCCGAAUCAAAGGCCAGGGCCGCAACAUACCUGCCGGCUUUAGAGCAGAAUGAACCCGAUCUCGUCGAAGAGAUGCGUGGGAUUGCCGCCGGCGCCAGGGUCGACUUCCUAGACAUUCUGGCGUUGAAUGUCCGUAGCGAGAUUGCUCUUACAAACUAUUCAGAUGGGUGCACGUCUGUUGCCUCACGCAAUGACGACGAAUCCCGGACAUAUGUUGCCCAAAAUUGGGACUGGGUGGGAGAAGCAGGAAAUGCCACCACGUUUUUCGACAUUAGAAAAGCAGGAAAGCCGAGAUUUCGUAUGAUGGGCGAGGCUGGAAUCGUCGGAAAGUUUGGUAUCAACGAUGUUGGAGUUGGCGUAUGUAUGAAUGCAAUCAGAUGUGGAACUGUGAAUAAAACCCAUCUGCCAAUACAUAUUGCCAUGAGGCGUGUACUGGAAUGCAGUUCCUUCGACGAGGCGUUCGCGAUGUUGACAGAAAAGGGAAUGGCCUCAUGCGCCAACCUGGUGAUUGGAGACAAAAGUGGUAAAGUCGCGACUAUCGAAUGUACACCGAGAGGACUGGCUCCGAUCUUUCCUGCCCCUGGUUUCGCAACCAUUUUUCACACAAAUCAUCUCUGGUCGCCAAACCUGCCUAAGGGGAUUCGCGAUCAUCCGUCUGCAAACUCGUUUUCCAGACUUGAACGCAUCAAAGAGCUGUCUCGCUCUGAAGCAGCCACUAUUGACAAAAUCCGGACGUGGAUGAAGGACGAGCAGGGAACACCGUACUCGAUCUGUCGAUCCAACCCCCCAAACACCGUCGGUAUCGAGAGAAUGGAAACGCUGGCCACGGUCAUCCUCGACCUGAAUAAUCUCAGGGCUGAAGUUUCAUUUGGUAAGCCGAGUUUAUCUCCACCUGUACGAGUCUUGACCAUUGAAUAA